AUGUUUAAGUUCAGUAAAAUUGAUUAUUCAAAACCAAUAGUUAAUGAAUAUGUAGUUAAAGGAUGUAAAGAGCCAACUAAUGAAGAAUCAAACCCACAAGUGUAUUUCAUGACAGUUUAUGUUAAAAACGUUGUUUUAGCAGAAAAGGCAUUUAGAGAUCAUUUAAAUCAACAAUGUAAAAUUAAAUCUUCUAAGGCUGUUAAAAUAAGUUGUGAGGAAGUUGAACAAGAAAGUGAUUUUGUUGUUAAAAAUUAUGGAAUAGAUUUUGUUUAUCAAACACCAACUGGGAAACAUAACGCUCAUAAGGAAAUUAGAGCAAUUAACAAGUGUUGUGCUAUCACCAUUCUUUACCAAGAGUUUGGAUCAAGACAUGGAAUUGAUUCAAGUAAAUUCUUUAUCCGUGAAGUUUAUGUAAUUAAUGAUAUCUCUAAGUUAACAAGACAAAAGGCAAUCACUUACUCUGCUGAAAAUUUAAAGUUUCCUUUGUUUACUAAAAAUUCUAACACUGAUAAAGAAUUUGUUUCAGUUGGAACAAAAAUUUUCGAAUAA